CUUUAAAUAAUAUAAGUAAUUAAAAAUUAAAACUUAGUUAAUAUGCUUUGCAUGCAGAAGGCUAUCCAAGUUUUGCCAAGUUUUGAGUUUGUCAAACUUGUCAAAAGUAUCUUCAAGGCCAAGAAUCUGAAGAUGGUUAUGGGACCCAUCCCAAGAUUUGGCAAAUCAGUUAUUAAAAUAGUGCUCUCGAUUCCUUGAAAAACAGUUCAUACAGCAGUUGCAGUUAGUUCGAUUUAUACUAUACAUCAAACUAUAUGAAGAGCAAAUAGAAAAGGAGGCCGCAAGUCAAAGAAAAAUGUUAAGGAUUGUCAAGACCAGCUAGAGAAUCGUCAGGAAGCUUUUCUAGAAGGUAAACCUAUCAAAAUCGUUCUGAAUGGGCAUUUCAAGACUUCAGAUGAGAGAAAAUUUAGAGAUGAUUCACUCAAAAUUGAGUCUGAUGGAGAUAGCAAAUAUUUCUGAGGAAGAAGGAUUGACUUGAAUUGGGUUCAUAAGUAUCAGAUUUAUGAUAAGAUCAUCAAUAUUGUAGAUCUUCCAAUGACCCACACUUCUAGGGAUUCUCUUUCUUCCAUCAGUAGUUUUGAAGACCAAGGGAAUCAAAGUUUUCUGAUUAGCAAAGACAUUGAUUGCAUUUCUCAAAGUAGACAUUCAGGUGAUAUUUCAUCUGCAAAAUCAGUGCUAAGAUCGACUCACCCAUCAUUGAAGAAAAUAAACUCACGUUUGAAGCUUGUGUUCACCUAGAGGAUACUUUUAUUUCAUCUCUUUCGCUCCGAAUUCUUUUUUCUAAAAUUCAUUGUUAGAAAUCGAGUCAAAAUUUAUAGAAAAGAAUUUGAUCAAUCAAAAUUA